UAUAGUCAAAAUUAAGAAUGUUUGGCUUAGCACAAAACAAAUAUUUUGAAGAGGAGGGAGUAAUACUUUUACGAUAUACAUUACAAUUUUUUCCAUGUUAUACAUACAUGUUGCAAUAGGAAAAUGGUUAGCCAAAGUUUGUACUCCCUCCAUCGCAAAGUAAUACCCGAUUGGACACAUUCUAUUACGAAUCUGGACCAGUAUUAGGAGAAAGUAUUAUUUUGUUAACCAUUAUUAAAAAAAAUCAGUCUCCCAAAGCUGCCACCUUUGCUGGUUUUCUUGGUUUGUUCAGUUUGUUGCUUGUGUGUCCCCCAGUUGCAUAUAAACAUGGGCAUGUCACACCUCACAACCCCCCUUUGCUUUGGCCAUUUUCUCAAGCACCUAAUUUGCUUGGAUCCUUCUUGCACUUGCAACUUGCAAAACAACCAAAGGAAAUACUAGUAGCAUCAUCAAGCGAAGAAGGUCAGCUCAAAAGGGCGUUGUGUGCUUCGCCUCGCGAAAUGAGAGUCGCAUUGCUCCGGAGAUGAUGGUCGCCGGAGUAAUCAGGAGCAACCAGGAUGGCGGCGGCGGCGGCGGGACGGUGUCCGGUGCGGCGAGGAUUAGCCCGGCGGUGGUGUUCGUCCUGGUGAUAUUGGCUGUGGUGCUGUUCGUGUCCGGGUUGCUGCAUCUUCUUGUCAGAUUCUUGCUCAGGCGCGGCCGUGGGCGAGAUGGCGGCGGCGGCGGCGACGCGGAGGCGGCGGAGGGUGUGGAGGAGUCGGCGUUGCAACGGCAGCUGCAGCAGCUGUUCCACCUGCACGACGCCGGGCUGGACCAGGACGUCAUCGACGCGCUCCCGGUGUUCAUGUACCGGGAGGUGGUGGUCGGCGUCGGCGGCGGCGGCGGCGCGGGCGGCGGAGCCAAGGAGCCGUUCGACUGCGCGGUCUGCCUGUGCGAGUUCGCCGGCGACGACCGGCUCCGGCUGCUGCCGGUGUGCGGCCACGCGUUCCACAUCGACUGCAUCGACACGUGGCUGCUCUCCAACUCCACGUGCCCGCUCUGCCGCGCCGCGCUCGGCGCCGACGCCGCCGCUCUGUUCGACGCCGCGUUCGACGAGAUGGCCGACGAGGAGGACCGGAAGCAGCAGGAGGACGCCGUGUUCCCCGUCCGCCUCGGCAAGUUCAAGAACCUCUCCAGGGCGGUCGGCCCCGUCCACGACCGCGACGACGCCGCCGCCGCCGCCGCCGGCGUCGGCGUCGGCGGUGGCAUUAUCACGCGAGAGGAAGGCGAGUCGAGCAGCAGCAGCUUGGACGCCAGGCGGUGCUUCUCCAUGGGCUCCUACCAGUACGUCCUCGCCGAGGCGAGCUUGCAGGUGUCCGUACACCGGAGGCACGGCGACGGCAAUGGCAGGGCGAGGCUGAGAGGGCUCGCCGGCGCCAACCCGGCCGGCAACGACGCCGCCGCCGCCGCCGACGGGAAGAAGAUCGGCGCCGGCAGCAAGGGCGACAGCUUCUCGGUGUCCAAGAUUUGGCAGUGGCCGCGGCAAGGCAAGGGGAAGCUGCCGGUGCUCGCCUCCGACGACUCGCCGGCGGUGGACGGCCGGCUGCCGUGGCCGAGGAGAAGCCCCGGGGCUUCCUGAUGCUGAUUUCCAUGGAUCUCCUGUUGAUGAUGACAAAGAGAGAAAGGAAAAAGGAAAGAAACACACAAGUCAUGCCAGUUUAAGCCUACCAGUGUUGGCCUCAAGAAAAAAAAAAUACAGUACUACAGUACUACUUCCUCCAUUUCCAUUAACAUCAAUUUGAAUGUGAGAAAUGAUAGAAUGACUUACAUUGUGAAACGGAGAGAGUACAUGUUAGUUAGUGAUAAAAAAAGAACAAGUUAGUUACAGAAACUUUAUUAACUGAAGUAAUUUUUUUUAUCUUAGUUCCAGUGGAGAACACUUUCAAACAAAUCUUGUAUUGAAAAUAAAAAAAGCAAAUGACUUCUAAAAAACCUAUACCCAAUGACUACAAUUUCAAAAGGUUGGCGAAGAAUUAUCAA